AUGAUGGGUGCACUCGCGCUUGGUGGUCCCAGCAGCAGCAGCAGCGGAUUCUCUUCACACGUCUCCAGCAUCGCGACUCCCGGUUCUCUCCUCCUGCACGCGCACCUGGCCCCGGCGGCGGAGCGGCUCUCGCGCAGCGCGCUCUCACCCCCCGCAGAGUUCGCGCACCUCCGCGGCGUCCUGCGGCGGCGGCAGCUUUACUGUAGAACCGGAUUCCAUCUGGAGAUCCUGCAGGACGGAACCGUGCAGGGCACGAGGAAGGACCACAGCAGAUUCGCUAUCCUGGAGUUCAUCAGCCUGGCUGUGGGGUUGGUGAGCAUCCGUGGUGUCGAUAGCGGCUUCUACUUGGCCAUGGACAGCAAAGGACAUCUGUAUGGCUCGGAAAAGCUGACGGCAGAGUGUGUUUUCCAUGAACACUUUGAGGAGAACUGGUACAACACAUACUCGUCCAACCUUUACCGGCAUGGCGAGCAAGGGCCGCGUUACUUUGUUGCUCUAAACAAAGACGGCACUUCACGAGAUGGUGCUCGAUCCAGGAGGUACCAGCGCUUCACGCACUUCCUCCCACGACCUGUUGAUCCUGACCGUGUGCCCGAGCUUUACAAAGACAUCCUGGGACAAAGCUGA